UUAAUUCUAGUGCAUUAUGGGACACGUGACGUACACGAAUCUAAAGUGUAUCUUGAGGAAUUCGACUAUACUUGCCUUUCAGAAUUGUUACAUCAAGGCUGUCAAUCGCACACACAAAUACAUCGCAAUACACAUCAAUAACUACUCGAGAGAUGUAUUCAAUGUGUCGAUGAACAUCAAGGUGUUGCGUUUUAACCAUGGCUAUAAGCCAUUCUUUUUUGACAUAACCUUUGACGCCUGCAAGUAUAUGAAAACUCAAAACGAUCCCAUUGUUAAUCUGUUCUUUAAUUCAUUCAAACAUGCUUCCAAUUUGAAUCACACUUGUCCAUUUAAUCACGAUAUCAUUGUGGACAAACUGUGGACGGGAAAUCAUGAAGUAGAUUUCCUCAAAUAUCUUCCAGUGCCCAAUGGCGAUUACAUGCUUCCAUUCACCGUAUAUAGCAAUAAUUUGGAAUUGCUUACGAUACAAGUUUUUGUGCAUUUAACCACUUAAAUAAACACCGGG